CGUGAAACGGGCGUCGUUUGGUAGUGACUUAGUUUUUUACAAUUUUAUUUAUGCACGCCUUGGUGCCACGGCCCGAGACGCCGCACGGCCGCCUUGAGGUCGCGGACGACGACGACCUCCUCGUGUUUACGGUUCCCAAGGUCACAAGUCCAUGGCGGCACCGCAGUGACGACACUGUCCCCGAGCUCGACGACCGCCCGCCAUCGCCAGCGCGGCUCGUACCGCUCCCGUACCGUCCGGUGCCGCGCCGGGCGUCACCAACGCGAAAAGCCAAUCACAUCCCCCCGCUCCGUGACGCGCCGCCGCCGCCGACCUCGGACAGCGAGCCGAUGUUGGCCAAGCUCAUUCCAAUCCUCGGCGACCACGUCGGCGACGUAUACGCCCACGUCGAAGCCAUCCACGCGGCACAUGUACGCAAGCUGCACGAUGAGCGGCGGUCGCCAUCCUGCGUGUUGACGUUCAACGAACAAGCGGCGGUCCAGCCCGAGCUGCUACGGGCGCGCCACGACGAGUGGCGGCUACUUCGGGAGCAGCGCGAAGAAGACUGCGUUAUCAACCGCGAACGCCGGCUCCAAGAAUAUUCGGAUCAUGUUGAAGCGCAGACGACAGCCUAUCGGCGCGAAGUACGCGCCCGCGCCAAGCACCACACCUUGCUACAAGCGUCCUUGCGUCAAGUCCUUGCACCGCUAUUGGUCGCGGCCGCCGCGCAGUUCAUUUUGCGCGGAGUCAAGAUGCGCUGGGCGGCGGCCGCGCUUCAGGCCACGGUGCGCCGCUGUGCGCGGCACUGGCGCCAUCUGACGCAGCAGCAUCUCGCGCUCUCGAAUGCCGCGACGAUGCUUCAGCUCUGGCUUCGCGAAAGCGUCAAAAUCAAGACGGUUGCGCUCAAAGUCUUUUACGGACUUCGCAUCUUUACGCGAAAAGUGACCCUUGUCCAAACGUUUUGGCGCCAGCACGUGGCGAUCACCGCGUAUCGCCGACGCAAGCUGCUGCGCAUGUGGUCCGACUUCGAGCUCGUGGAGCCGCCACCGGUCGUGCUGCCCGAGCCCGAGAUCGCCCAGAAACGGGACAAGAAGCCACCGGGAGGUCGCCGGCGCUCCAAGAAGCCAGAGGUUCCGGAAGAGACAAAGCGGCCGUACCCGACGUUGCCGUACCCGUACCCGAAAUUUGAAAUCGCACUGCGCCUCGCCAUCAUCGACCAAGUGCUUGCCGAGUACCAAGUGUCGCUGCGCCGCCGGUUCCGCGCGCUUGAGGAGGACUUUUAUCCGUACCUGCUCGAGUGCCUCCAGGGCUUGGAGAAGGACGCACCAAGAAGCCGCGUGCGCGAGAAAGCACAGCGGUAUCGGCUUCUCGGCGCGGUGCAUGCGCAGCUCACGCGCAUGCCUGGCGCGCUCGACGCGCAAGCCAGCGACGGCUACGCGCAGCUCACGCUGGCCGCGUCCAUUGACAUGUGUGCGAUGCUGCACCGUGCGAACGAGCGGCUCAACCCAGCAUUGUACAUCAACACCGUCGGGCCCAACGACCCCCCGCCGAUCAAUCGCCGCGGUUCGAGCAAGCGCCUCAGUAUCGGCUAGUCAUUUUAUGCUUCGAAAUGCGGGGUUCCAUGUUCCCUUUAAUCGAGUUCGACAGAAGUCUCUCCGA